GAUGAGUUGUCAAUGGAGAAGCAGGCAGACAUUCUUCCACGUGAAAAUGGGAUCAAACCCCUGAACUGGCACUGUCCGGGCAGACACUCUAUCCACUGGACCACUGAGGCUUUCCUUUCCCCAUCUGGUAGUAAGGUCAUUAAAUCAAAAGUGCAUGUAAAGUUAUUGUUAAGGCUGUCCAAACACCGUCCAUCCAGCUAGCUCCAACCUUGUGGACAUGAAAAAGUUACACAUCCCGGAAAUUUUGAGAAAAGGACAAGUAGUUGUGGAAUUAUAUAUUCUUCACCAACAUAACCAAACACAAAUAUAGAGAAAAACACACAAAAAAAGACCCAACACUGAUGGCAUCCAGGAACGAUGAUCCUGAAAUCAGUGUCCAGUAUCUAAACAUUGUGAACCUGAAGUAUCUCAUAAAAGCUGGUGAUGUCGUUGCUGUUCAAAAGUUCAUUCAGACCUCACAAAUUAAUCCCAGUCAAGAAUGUGUAAAAGACAUUCCCCCAGUGUUCACAGCAGCAAGAUAUGGUCAAGUUGAUGUCAUGCAUCUUCUGAUAUCAAUGGGCUUUGCUUGGAACGAUUCACGCAGGUUUAAUAUUGGAAGGCGUGUGGAUGUAUAUUCUUCAAUACAUUGCGCAGCUUAUUACGGCCAUGUGGAUAUUGUAAGGGCACUAGUCAUGGAAUAUGGCGUCGAUGCUCAGGUUUUGAACCUUGAGCAGUUUGAAAUUGAUGAGUGUCUAAGUCUUUAUCCAUUCCCCCGAGUUCCACUCUGGUUUGCUGUGCAUGGCGGCAGACUGAAUGUUGUGGAGUUCCUCUUUGAGUAUGUAGACUCUCGCCACAAAGCCAUUGAGUUCCCCGGCGACCACUCUCCACUAAUGCUUGCUGCCAUGGGAGAACAUCAGGACAUAUGCAGAUAUCUUAUUUCCAGAGUUGGUAACACAAAGGAGAGGAAGUCUUACCUAUGCAAUGAAUUACUUCAAACCAUUAGAACAAACCACAUUGAGGCGGCACAUGUAUUGCUGGAUUGUGAAGCUGAUGUAAGAGAGGACACAGACAAGCAGCAGGAUGGUUUUUUUGCACAAGCACUAUUGAUGGGCAGUUUAGAAAUGAUGAAGUUACUACACUCUUACGGCUAUGAUGCAGACGCUGUACCGGCCGAUACAUUUAGUCUUCAUUCCCUGGAUGUUGUUCGCUACCUCGCUGUGGAUCUGAAUGUCAGGAUAGUACUCAGUGAAUACUGGUUCAAGUCAAUGCCUUCUGACAUUAUAACACUACUGAUAAAAGCAGGUUGCCAAUUUACUCGCAGAGAUUAUGACUGUUUAGAGGAGAUGUUUGACAUUCGAAGAUUGUCGCACCCAACAUUUAUGAAUUUUGUGAGACAAACUAUCUCCAUACCAAGGAGCCUACAGGACAUUUGUUGUUUUAGAGUGCGGCAGCUUCUAGGACGUAACAUUUCCUGUGUUGGUUCAUUGCAAAUUCCCCAAAAAGUAAAGGACUUCAUCAGACUGAAACAUGUCUGAAACUGCUUCAGUUAGUCUCUAAAUUCAAAUUCCCUUGCCUUGGGAAGAUGAGAGAAUGCUUGAAAAAAAUAAUGAUGCUUCAGACAUUUAAAAUAAGUAAAAUGUCUGUCACAAAUUUAAAAUUGUUGCAAGAUGCUUUAAAAUAAAUGUUUAGGAUCUUAAUCCUAAAUCCCAGACACUGACCCUAUUCUUUCUCUUCUCCACCAAUGAAUGAUGAGCUAACUCAAUGGAUGGGUAAUCAGUCUGGGCGAUUUGUCAGCCUACCCAGAUGGACUGGAUCUUUGUUCACAAUAUCAACCACUGGUUUACUUUACUUUACUUCCUGGCUGCAGUUGGAAUGUUGCUGAGUGGAACAUUAAAAAGACAAACAAAAGAUACUAUUAUUCACUGGUUUGUCAGGCCUAGACUCAAUUAUUAACAGCCUGCAGUCAUUUAGCUGGAAUAUUGUUCCCUUGGAGACUUAAAAAAAU